AGCAUUUAAACUGGCAGGAAGAGCAGGUAGCCGAGUGCAGCGAGCAGUGUAACAAGGAUCGCAGGUUUCAUCUGGGAUUUUGUGAUGAAUACCUAACGAGCACGUUGAUUAGGUGGGCAGAACUCUUCAAGCUAUUGUAAAUGUAGCUGAAAGAAGCGUGGCUGAGGAGACGCCGAAUAACCACUCUCCUAAAGCUUUCCUUUAGUGUUGCAAUAUUUAAAGCCCACAGAGAUAAUGGAGAGAAAACUGGACAAUAAACUGAAAAGGGAACUGUCCUGCUUAGCUACUUUAAACAACAAAAACAUAACCCUGGUGUCUAUUCGUAAGCGGCAGGCAGCUCAUGAUGUGCCUGAACUACUGAUUAUUGAUGAAAAGUCCAAGACAGGAUCUCCGGUAAAAGCAAGCAGUAACUUGGAGAAAGAAGAGAAAAUUUUGCAGAGUUACUCCAUGGGAAUGCCAGAAGUCAAUACAGUUGAAAGACAGCCUUUGUCUAACACUGAUUCUCCUCCUGGCUGUGAAGAUCCUACAAUGAAACACAGUUUUGCUUUUGACAACAUGGGCUACGAGGAGAGCUUUGAAACCAUGCCCUCUCCGUCUUCCCAAGAACACACCGUGGCAGUCAGUGUUGUGGGAAUGACUUGCCAAUCAUGUGUGCAGUCGAUAGAAGGCCGAAUUUCCAAGGUGAAGGGCAUUGUGAGUAUUAAAGUCUCCCUUGAACAGAACAACGCUGUGAUAAAGUAUCUGCAGUCAGAAAUAAGUCCUGAACAAAUUUGCCAGGAAAUUCAGGAUAUGGGCUUUGACGCCAACAUAGCAGAAGAGAGGUUGACAACAGCAACUGUAAAUUUGUCGUGUUUGAGAGAAGCAGUAGUUAAGCUUCGGGUAGAAGGCAUGACAUGCCAGUCCUGUGUCACCAACAUCGAAGGAAAGAUUAGGAAACUGCAUGGUGUGGCAAAAAUCAAGGUGUCACUUGGUAACCAUGAAGCAAUUAUUGCAUACUAUCCUUACAUCAUUCAGCCUGACGAACUCAAGAGCCAUAUCAGUAACCUGGGGUAUGACUGCACCAUUAAAAGUAAAUCAGCCCCUUUGAAGCUGGGUGUCCUUGACCUUGAGCGCUUGCAGAAUGCAAACCCCAAGGAGACACCAGCAAGUCUCAAGAGUGAUGGGGUGGAUCUGCUGGUUGCCAAGAGGAGUAGCACAGCUACUGUGGCUAUACGGAUAGAAGGCAUGCACUGCAAGUCCUGUGUCAGAAACAUUGAAGGAAAUGUAUCAGAUCUUCCCGGCAUACAAAGUAUUAAAGUGUCUUUGGAGCAUAAACGUGCUGUGGUACAGUAUAGCCCAAAUUUAAUUACCCUGUCAGCUUUACAGCAAGCUAUUGAAUCCCUUCCACCUGGAAACUUUAAAGUAUGCCUUCUUAAUGGUUCAGAAGCAAAUAAAGGAACAUCUCCAUCACCUGCUUUGCUAUGCGAUCUCUUCAGAGAGCCACUGCAAGAGACGACAUGCACAGCUGUUAUUAGGAUUGAUGGCAUGACCUGCAAUUCUUGUGUACAGUCCAUAGAAGGGACCAUAUCACAGAGACAAGGAGUGCAACAUAUAGCAGUUUCUCUAGCUGGCAGAACUGGGACCAUACAUUAUGAUCCAGCUGUUACUAAUGGAGAAGAGUUAAGAGCUGCCAUAGAAGACAUGGGGUUUGAUGCUUCUGUGCUGACAGAUACCGCCGCUGGAGGACGUAGGCACCAGCCUGAAGCCAGCAACGCUGUUGUGCAGCCUCGAGCUCCAGAGCCUCCUCGCCAAGGCUGUGCCUCAGAUACUCUUCCAGACAGUUCUCACCUUGAUGGGCCAAACCAGCCCAGCAGAGCGACAUCUGAAAAGUGUUUUUUACAAAUCACAGGCAUGACCUGUGCAUCAUGUGUGUCUACCAUUGAAAGAAAUUUGCAGAAAGAAGAUGGAAUUGUUUCAGUGUUGGUAGCACUGAUGGCAGGUAAAGCAGAGAUAAAAUACAAGCCAGAAUUCAUACAGCCUCUUGAAAUAGCACAGCUGAUCCAGAAUUUGGGUUUUGAAGCUACCAUCAUAGAAGAUCAUGCAGAAACAGAAGGAAAUGUGGAGCUUCUAAUUACAGGGAUGACUUGUGCUUCUUGUGUUCACAAUAUUGAAUCCAAACUCAUGAGAACAAAUGGCGUAUUUUAUGCCUCAGUUGCACUUGCUACUUGCAAAGCUCACAUCCAGUUUGAUCCUGAAAUUACUGGACCUCGAGAUAUUAUAAAAAUAAUUGAGGAAAUUGGCUUUCACGCUUCCGUGGCUAGAAGAGUUCCAAAUGCACAUAACCUGGAUCAUAAAAAGGAAAUACAGCAGUGGAGGAAAUCUUUCUUGUGCAGCCUACUGUUUGGUAUCCCUGUCUUAAUCCUAAUGAUUUAUAUGCUAAUACCUGCUGGUGAGCACCGUGGGACUAUGGUGCUGGAACAGAAUCUCAUUCCUGGAUUAUCUAUUUUAAAUCUUCUCUUCUUUGUCCUGUGCACUUUUGUUCAGUUUCUUGGUGGAUGGUAUUUUUACGUACAAGCUUACAAAUCACUGAAGCACAAGACGGCCAAUAUGGAUGUGCUUAUCGUACUGGCCACGACAAUUGCUUAUGUGUAUUCAUGUGUGAUCCUGAUGGUAGCGAUAAUUGAAAAGGCAGAGAAAAGCCCUGUCACUUUCUUUGACACUCCUCCGAUGCUGUUCGUGUUCAUUGCCCUUGGGAGAUGGCUGGAACACAUAGCAAAGAGUAAGACUUCAGAAGCUCUUGCUAAACUUAUAUCUCUUCAAGCCACAGAAGCCACUGUGGUGACUGUUGGACCUGAUCACUCUAUCAUCAGGGAGGAGCAGGUAGCUGUUGAACUGGUUCAAAGGGGUGAUAUCGUAAAGGUUGUUCCUGGUGGAAAGUUCCCGGUGGAUGGAAAGGUCAUUGAAGGCAGUUCUAUGGCAGAUGAGUCUCUCAUUACUGGGGAAGCUAUGCCAGUCACUAAAAAGCCUGGGAGCACAGUGAUUGCUGGUUCUAUAAAUGCACAUGGCUCAGUUCUUGUUAAUGCAACUCAUGUUGGUAAUGAUACCACUCUGGCACAAAUCGUGAAAUUGGUGGAAGAAGCUCAAAUGUCAAAGGCACCCAUCCAGCAACUGGCAGAUAAGUUUAGUGGAUAUUUUGUUCCAUUUAUCAUCAUCAUUUCAACAGUGACAUUGAUAGUAUGGAUCACAAUUGGUUUUAUAAAUUUUGAUGUUAUUCAAAAAUAUUUUCCUAAUCAGAACAAACAUGUUUCAAAAGCUGAACUAAUACUGAGGUUUGCAUUUCAAACCUCAAUCACCGUGCUGAGCAUUGCAUGCCCCUGUUCUUUAGGCUUGGCUACCCCCACAGCUGUGAUGGUGGGCACAGGAGUUGCUGCACAGAAUGGUAUUCUCAUCAAAGGCGGAAAACCCCUGGAAAUGGCACACAAGAUCAAGACUGUGAUGUUUGAUAAAACUGGGACCAUCACCUGUGGAGUUCCUAAAGUCAUGAGGGUGCUUUUGCUGGGAGACACAGCUGUGCUCUCUCUGAAGAAGGUGCUGGCAGUGGUUGGCACUGCAGAAGCCAGCAGUGAACAUCCUUUAGGAGUGGCAGUCACUAAAUAUUGCAAAGAGGAGCUUGGCACUCAGAGCCUGGGAUACUGCACUGACUUCCAGGCAGUCCCAGGCUGUGGCAUCAGCUGCAAAGUCAGAGGUGUUGAGGCUAUCCCGGGCAUGGCCGAGGAGGAUCUCGAUAACCUGGAUGCUAACAGGAGCAGAGACAGCAGUGCUCCUCUGGGAGAUAACGUGCUGAUCACGCUCUCUGAAUCACAUGGUCCAUCAGCUUCUCAUACAUACUCAGUGUUGAUUGGAAAUCGUGAGUGGAUGCGACGCAAUGGCUUGCAUAUUGCAAAUGACGUAAAUGAUGCAAUGACAGACCAUGAAAUGAAAGGACAGACUGCCAUACUAGUGGCUAUAGAUGGCGUGUUGUGUGGAAUGAUCGCAAUAGCAGACACUGUCAAGCAGGAGGCAGCCCUUGCUGUGCACACACUGCAAAACAUGGGAAUAGAUGUGGUGCUGAUAACGGGGGACAACAGAAAAACUGCAAAAGCCAUUGCCACUCAGGUUGGGAUCAAAAAAGUCUUUGCUGAGGUUCUUCCUUCUCACAAGGUUGCAAAGGUCCAGGAACUCCAAAAUGGGAGGAGGAAGGUUGCGAUGGUUGGUGAUGGAGUCAAUGACUCCCCUGCACUAGCCAGGGCAGACGUUGGAAUUGCAAUUGGAACAGGCACUGAUGUUGCCAUCGAAGCAGCAGAUGUUGUUCUUAUCCGAAAUGACUUGCUGGAUGUAGUUGCCAGUAUUCACUUAUCAAAGAGAACAGUUCGAAGAAUACGAAUAAAUCUGAUUCUUGCCUUAAUUUAUAAUCUGCUUGGAAUACCCAUAGCAGCAGGUGUUUUCAUGCCUGUUGGCCUCGUGCUUCAGCCUUGGAUGGGAUCAGCUGCAAUGGCAGCUUCUUCUGUGUCUGUUGUGCUGUCUUCCCUGCAGCUGAAAUGUUAUAAGAAGCCAGACACAGAAAGUUAUGAAGCACAAGCUCAAGGCCGGAUGAAACCACUUACUCCUUCCCAAAUCAGUGUUCAUAUUGGAAUGGAUGACAGGAGGAGGGAUUCAUCCAGACCAGCUCCUUGGGAUCAGAUUAGCCAAGUGUCUCUCUCUUCCUUGACUUCAGACAAGCUGCCGAGACGUAAUGGUUUUGUUGAGGAGGAAGGGGACAAGUGGUCAUUGCUCAUGAAUGGAGGAGAUGAAGAACAGUACAUCUGAAGCACUUUCUUAGUACAGCAGGAAACGUUCCUCCUCAUCAGUGACAGGAGGGACCGACAUGUCAUCAAGAGCUUCAACGUUGUAAGUGAAGUCAUUCCUUCAGCUCACAAAACAACUGCAACUCAGCUCGAUGUUGGGUUCUAUGGAUUGUGGAUUUUUUCAGGUCACCAGUUAUUUCUAGUCACAGAAAGAAUCUGUGGCUCUAUAAUGAACUGGCUCCUUUGCACACAGCAACUAGUGAAAUGAUGUAAAAUUGUAAUUUUCAGAGUCUAAAAGAGUUUCUCUCUUCUAGACUGUUUGCUGGGCACCAAAUUUCAUACUUUUCACUCUUUCUAACUUUAUUCUUUCAAGAGCACAUGAAGCAAAAGUAUUUUCAGAGCUUCCAAAUAUUAAUUUCUAUGUCCAAGUGAAAAUAGCCAUGGCAUAAGGAACUCUGUGGUCGGAAGUUGUAUUUUUACGCAGAAUCCUAACUAGUCACGUCACUGUGAGAGCACUUUGUAUUUAGGAUGCAUGUGCGUCUCCCUGGACCAAAAAUGCUUCAGUGAUUCAUGGACUAUAACUCUCUAAAAGGUCUCUUUCAAAGAUUUUCACUUGCCUUCCGGUAUCACAUCCUUUUGAUGCGCAUUUCCAUUGCUGAACUUGUUCUGUCAUUCCCAUUGCUCUCCUAGAUUUUCUCUUUUGCUCCAUAUGAGCUCUUUUUUCCCCUUUCUUUGCACAAGGUAUCUUCUAUGAGUUAUUAUUAUGUUUACAGAUAUUCCUGUUUGGGACAAACUCCUUUAAGUCACCAGGAACUUUUCCGUUCCUGUGGAAGUCCACAAAGGCAGAGCAAUUCCUGGUCCAAGUUAGCAUAUCAUUUUCCUGUGGAUACCUUGCAGGACCCAUGAAGCUCCUGACAAUUGGGCAGCUGUCCGUCUCUUCCCUCUGACAGAAUGAAGAAUUUAUGCCAGUGGGAGCGAACGUGGUAUUUACUAUGGUGUGACUGAGAGCAGAACUAGCACGGGUGUGACUCCAGCAUGGCUGAAUGGAGUGAGUUUAUUGCAUGUUAAUCCCAGCUUGCUGGUUGCUUAAAAUGGAGCCAAAAGUUUAAAUGGUAAAGGUGGAAAAUGGCCUUAAAAUGUGGGGCGUCUAUUUGCUAUCAUAUAAAUAACCUUUUCUGAUUACAGAAGGACUUGAACUAAGAUUAUCUGUAAUAGCUUAAAUUUGAAUGUAAAUGUAUAUUCAUGUUUUGAAUUGGUUUUCAUUUCCCUCUUUGCUCUAGUUUCAUGAGAAAUCAAGGUGCUGAACAACCCUUUUUUCACUUUAAUAUCUUUACCAAAGCUUGCAGUAUCUUUAUCACUGUGAAGUCAAAUUCAUCCCUUAACACUUUUUAGUCAGGACAGUAGGAAUAGAUGGCUUUGGUGCACUGAAUCCGGUCCUGGGGUGCUGCGUUGCUCAACUGUGGGACUCUGAAGCAAGCAGACCGUAGUUUCAUAAGUCUACUCUAAAAAGUGAAAGAACAGGAAUUACUGUGCUAAGCAAUGUGAAAAACCACUUAAUUUCACUGACUUAAAUACAGAACUGUUUUCAACACAGGUUAAAAUCCUGCUCCUCCUAAUGUAAAAAUGAAAAACAAGUCAGAGAGGAAAAGAACUGUGCUUAAAGUAUUGAGCAUGUCUUCCUAUUCUCUCUUCCUCUUAAUAUUAUAUUUGAGCUUUCCUUAGCAAACAUCAACAGCACUGUCUUAAAUACAAUUACAAAUCAGUUUUAAAAUGUUUUUACACGUGUAGAGAUUGCUUUCACAGCACACACGCUUUUCAAACACACUGUAGGUUCCUAUACAUGUCCCUGUGGGGAAGAUGGUUUUCUGUUUCACUGUUUUAUGUUUUCUUACCAGU